AUGGUAAAAACUGUAGUCCAAAUCAUACUUAUUGUCAUGAAUAAAACAGUCAAAAGAGCAGAAAGCACAGUCCAUGGAGCUUUAUUUUCUAUUAUAAUGGCUGUGUGUAUUGGAUUUAUAUUUAGAUGCAAGCCUUAUAACUAUCCAAGAUUUUGCUGAUGGCAAGCCUUAAGCUUAAUAGGUGUAUUAUGGCUUUCUGUGCUUUCAGCAAUCUCAUCUAGUGUUGAAGGAGGCUAUUCCAUUUAUUUUCUAUUAGUUUGUAUAGGAUGGGUUUUAAUUGGUGUUAUCGGUAUUUAUGUACAAAGAAAAAAAUAUCCAAGUUUGCUGUAUAGAAGAAAAGGUCUGGAUACAACUCAUCUAUUUAGAUUCGCGUUUACAUUUGGAAAGCACUCGAAAAACGCCCUUUCAAAAAUCGCACCUCGUCGUGGAUCUGAAGAGCUUUCAUGCAUAGAUUUUUCUGAUGUUAAGCAAGCUUAUUAA